ACAACAUCUUUCAGAAAAGAAGGCUGGUACUGAAUCAUAUGAUGGUAACGGUGUCACAUGCUCCUCCUUUUCCUAAACAAAUCCGGCCUACCUCAGAGGGAGUGGCUAUGAAGGACUUUUAAUUCAUAAGUCAGAAGCACCUGUGAGAACUUUGAUAGUCACCUGAGCAAAUCAGAGGCAGUAAAGUCAGUUUUAAAUUUUAUUUACUUAGCUUUUGUUGUGAUAUAAUCUACGUAAUUUGUGUCUCUUGGAACAAUGUGGAAUGAGGAAGUGGAAUUCAUGGACACAUCUGACAGCCCAUGGCACUGGUAUUACUUGGCAGACUGUGGACAGUGGCACAAAUUUGAGGAUGACACCAAUAACCCUCUUCAGAGUGAGGAUAUUGAAAAAUAUUACCUAAACCACCCAAAAGGAGUAGUAAAUAUAUUUUCACCUAACUGUCACGGCACAAUCGAUUUUUCAGCUAUGUUACAGACAGACCUCACCACAGGAGGGCAAAGAAGAAUCAAACGGGCCUACAACAUUGAGAGAAGUUGUUCCUGCUUCAGUGCUGCUCCGGUCUUCUGGGAACAGGUUGAUCCUACGUGUCCACAUCAGGUGACAAUGAAAUUAAUCCCUCUGAGUGAACUCACCUCUGAGUAUAAGACCGUGGCAAGUUAUGUGAAGUACGAUGGGCUGUUAAACAAAUCCAUUGUAUCAAUCUGCAGGAUUCAGAACUUGGACCUGUGGGAAAUGUAUUGUAGGAAAAAGAAACAGUUAAUGAGGAUUCAAGGUGUCAAAGAAAUUCAAGAGAGAAGACUCUUUCAUGGGACUGAUGCCAAAAAUGUUGACAGCAUUUGCAAGUAUAACUUUGAUCUACGGUUAGCUGGACAACACGGCCACUCAUACGGCAAAGGAAUAUAUUUUGCAAGACAUGCAACAUAUGCGGACAAGUACAGCAAUGGAGGUAUAUUCCAAGACACUAAAAUAAUAUUUUUGGCUCGGGUGAUGAUCGGAAAAUCAACUGUUGGAAAAUCUCAUUUCCGAAAACCUGAUGAUGGAUGUUCUGAAAACUGUCACUACAGCUGUGUGGAUGAUAUCAACCAUCCAAAAAUUUUUGUUAUUUUUGAUCCCAAUCAAAUAUAUCCAGAGUAUUUGAUUCAGUACAGAUGAAGUCAAUACAGGAUCUGGAGUAUGUGCAACAUCAAUAUCGACCAUAUAUUUAUCAAUAAUAUAUGGGGUAUAUGAAGAUUUCAAGAACACGGGCUGCGUUAUCACAGGCUACGAUUAGAUUUAAGACUACAUUAUGCAGAUUUAUAUUUGACCUCAAACAGAAACAGAAGAGUUUAAUAAAGUUUCCUGGCAGAAGCAAA